AAACCCGACGCGAAAGCAACAAUCGAAAAGGACGCAACCUCCAAGACCCACCCCCACCCGCUCUCACCCGAGAUCCCUCCCCCAACCCAUGGCCGGCGGCGACCUCGAGACCGCGGCGGGGGUGUCGGCGCCGCUGCUGCCCCCGCCGGCGUCGUCCCUGGCCGACGAGCCCGCCGCGCCCCCCGCCGACCGCCUCGGCGUCGGCUACCUCGUCUUCUUCACCCUGGGCGCCGGCUUCCUGCUCCCCUGGAACGCCUUCAUCACCGCCGUCGACUACUUCGCCUUCCUCUACCCUGGCGCCCCCGUCGACCGCGUCUUCUCCGUCGCCUACAUGCUCUCCUGCCUCCUGCCCCUCCUCCUCAUCGUGCUCUGCUUCCCGAAAUCCAGCUCCCCCGCGCGCAUCAACACGGGGCUCGCGCUCUUCACGCUCGCGCUCCUCGUCGUCCCGGCCAUGGACGCCGCAUACGUCAAGGGGAGGCCCGGGAUGUACGGGGCAUUCGACAUCACCGUCGCGGCAACCGUCCUGUGCGGCGCCGCCGACGCGCUCGUGCAGGGGGGAGUCAUCGGGUUCGCCGGGGAGCUGCCGGAGAGGUACAUGCAGGCCGUCGUCGCCGGAACCGCCGCCUCAGGUGUGCUUGUCUCAGCAAUGAGAGUAUUUACCAAGGCACUCUACCCACAAGAUGCACAUGGGCUAAGGCAAAGUGCGAACCUCUACUUCAUCGUCGGCAUUGUGGUCAUGAUCAUGUGCAUUGUGUGCUACAACGUGGCCGGCAAGCUUCCGGUCGUCAUGUACUACAAGAACAUCAAGAAGAGAGCUCAGAAGGCAGAUGUUGGCGGUGGCAUGACAGGUCCUGCCUGGAGAUCAACCCUGUGGAGCAUCGUCGGGACAGUGAAAUGGUACGGCAUUGGAAUCAUCUUCAUCUACGCCAUCACACUCUCCAUAUUCCCGGGCUUCAUCACAGAGGAUGUGCACUCUGAGGCCCUCAAGGACUGGUACCCCAUCCUCCUCAUCAGUGCCUACAACGUGUUUGACCUCAUUGGCAAGGCCCUGCCUGCUGUCUACUUCCUCCCGAACGCCAACAUCGCGGUUGCAGGCUCCUUUGCUCGGCUCUUGUUCUACCCACUCUUCUAUGGCUGCCUGCACGGCCCCAGCUUCUUCCGCACCGAGAUCCCAGUCACCAUACUGACAUGCCUGCUGGGCCUCACCAACGGGUACCUGACUUGCAUCCUCAUGACGCUCGCGCCCAAGGCCGUGCCCAUCCACCACUCGGAGACCGCCGGGAUUGUGAUAGUGCUGUUCCUUGUGGUUGGUCUUGUCGUCGGUUCGUUUGUGUCUUGGUUCUGGGUCAUCUGAUAGGGGGUUCAUUUGUGUAUUCAUGCCAAUGUAUCAUAGCACCAUGUUCAAGCGCCUUUUGCUUGCUGCUGUUUCAUUUGCCAAUCCAAUGGCCAAGGAUACCUGCAACUCGUUUAGUGUAACCCAGGUGCAAGACUGGGCAAAUGUGUGUAAUUUACAUUUCAUGAGAGGCAGUAAAAUGUUCAUAUCAACAAACCUUGGCUCCUGUGAAGUUUUUUUCAUCUCCAUUCCCACUUCAUG